AUGGAAAACCUACUGAAGCUGUGUCUCUUUCUUCUCUGCUUUGAAACUGCUUUCACUGUAAAGUGUAUACUUUGUCCGAAUUACAAAGAUGGGGAGUGUGUUCAUGGGGUUCAGACAUGUACUACACAACCUGAUGAAGCUUGCAUGAUCCGCAGAUCGUGGGGUGAAGGUGGAAUCAGGAAUCUACUAAGUGCUGAGUCCGGGUGCAUGAAAGCCUGCAAACUGGAUGAAAAGAUUUCUGGAACUUUAACAGUACAUACAUACUGCUGUGAUUAUGAAGAUUUCUGCAAUGACAUCAAGUAUCCAAUUAUGUUGCCUUAGUGUGAGCUAGUUUCAGUUGACCUUAUUAGUCCUUUCCUUUUCUCCUGGUCUAAAUUUUCUUCCCUUGAGUUUUAUUUUUACUCUGGACUAUAGAUUUUUCUGGAGAUCAGAAUUGUGCAAGUCUCAGAACUGGAAGACAGACAGAAAUGCCUUGCUCUUCUGAAGGAAUAUGUUAUACUACAGCCUAAUUACUAUUCUUGUUAUCCAUUGGCCUUAUCACCAUGACAAUUGCUGACUCUUAGCUUCUAUCAAUGCAUUUAUCAGUUCAGUAAGGGCUGCUAAAAUAAAUGAAUAGCUUAAAAAAAGUAGAUUGUCAGGAAAAGGAUGAACAAUCCCAGUAUCUUUUGUGCAACACAUGCUUUAGGAACUUAGUUAGAAUUUUCAUCACUGUGACUUAUACUUCCAGGAAACAAUUUAAAGGAGGAAGGAUUGUUUUAGAUCCUGCUUUCAGCCCUUUACUGCCUUGCUCCAUUACUACAGGCCUGUGGUGAUGCUAAACUUCAUGACAGCAGAAGGUUAUGGCACACCAAAACUGUUCACCUGGUAGUGUCCAGAAAGUCAGACAGAGAGAGGACUAGGACAAAGUAUGGAUACCAAUGAAGUGCAGACAGUGGAUUGCUCUUGCUAAGUAGGCCCCCAAUUGAAAAGAAAAACAUCUGGAUGAUCUUGUUCCCAUGAAUGACCAAAGUCACUGCUACAAUGUAGUAGUGCCAAUUAAGAAAAUCUUACCUAUUGCUUUUCUUAUAUUGUUUUUGUUAUAUUGUUAUAUUGCUAGAAAAUAAAUCCACCAUUUACUCUUCCAAGAAAGAUGUUCCUUCUGAGCAAGUAGGGCAUGAAUAAAAAAAUUGACUCACAUCUAUUUCGGGAAGGUAAUACUUCAUCAUGCUGCCUUUGUAUCAUUAAGAGAGAAUUCUGUCCGUCCUGGUGGCCUUUCUGAAUGACAAUUGAGCAUUUUACCAAGGGUCCUCCUUCUUGAUUAGCUUCCUUAGGCAAACAAAUUUUAGUAUGAUUAUCCCAUAUUAUAUGUCUAAUGUCCGCUUAUAAGUAAGUAUAUACCAUAUGUGAGUUUCUGCUUCUGGAAUACCUCAUUCAAGAUGAUCUUUUCUAAAUCCCACAAUUUGCCUGCAAAUUUCAUG